CCAAGUCCCCCAUGGCUGAACAUGUCUUAACAUCACAAGGACGGUUAGGGUUUCUAGAUUCCGUGUUUUCUUUUUCGACUACAACCAUCUGAUUUUCAGCUGUAGGCCAACGUAUCCGACAAACGAUAUUGGGUUAAACAGAAACAUUACCUACCAAGUCUCUCCCUGUUCUUUGAUAUUACAUUCAAUUAUUAAUCGACAUUUCAAAAAAAAAGAUAAUGUAAUUUAAUUUGUUUUACCUGAAAGCAACUUGGAGAAAUUUCUUGAGUCUUCUCUCUCUGAGGCAAAAUAUGAAGUUGUUACUUGUCUUCCCUCUUCUUUCUCUUUUCUUCUUUUGCAGUGCUUCUUGUGAGGUAAUAAAAGCUCUCCCAGGUCAACCUGCCAAUGUUGGUUUCAAGCAAUACUCUGGUUAUAUCCUCGUUCAACCUCAACAUGGCCGAGCUUUAUUCUACUACUUUGUGGAAGCUGAUUCCGCCAAUCCACUGGCAAAUCCCUUGACAUUGUGGCUUAAUGGAGGCCCCGGUUGUUCAUCUCUCGGCUUUGGUGCAUUUAUGGAACAUGGCCCUUUCCAGCCUAGGGAAGAUGGACACUUGGUCAAGAAUCAAUAUUCAUGGAAUCUUGAAUCCAACAUGUUAUAUCUUGAGAGUCCAAUUGGAGUUGGAUUUUCCUACUCAAAUACAAGCUCAGAUUACCUUGGUCUGAAUGAUGCUACAACAGCCAAGGACAAUAUGCAAUUCCUUCUUAACUGGUUUGAAGAAUUCCCGCAGUAUAGAAACUCAGAUUUGUAUCUUUCUGGGGAAAGCUAUGCAGGUCACUACAUUCCUCAGCUCGCUGACUUAAUCCUAGAUUACAAUAAACGUUUCAGUGGCAGACCCAUCAAGCUUAAAGCCAUUGCAUUGGGAAAUCCUCUUUUAGAUCCGGAUAUUAGUGUAAUCAAUGCUGAGUUCUUGUGGUCACAUGGAGUCAUUUCAGAUGAAACUCUCCUUUUGAGUAAGACUGUAUGUAAUGCAUCAAGGCACCUUAAAGAGUCCAUUCACCAGAAUCUGUCCAAAGAAUGCAUACAUGUGCUUAACAAACUAGAAGAAGAAAUGGGUUCAUACACUGACCCUGGAGACCUGAUUUUGCCUAUUUGCUUCUCACCAACUCUACUCGGCCAGACUUUUUUUCAGGGAACACACAAUCGGUUACAUUGGAAGCAGCUGGCUAUGAGCUCGGCUGUUGCCACUGAUCCAUGUCGUGUAGAUGAGAUACGUCAGUACCUCAACACACCUAAAGUACAAGAAGCACUUCAUGCAAACACAACUCACCUCUCUUCAGUUUGGGAAUUCUGUGGAGGGCAUCUUUCCUAUCAAAGAGAGAGUAUAGGGAUCAAUAUCAUACCCCUUCUGUCAAAACUCCUCAAAAGAAGUAUUCCAGUUCUCCUCUUCAAUGGAGAUCAAGAUUCGAAAAUCCCAUUAACACAAACAAGGAUAAUUGCAAAUAUGCUUGCAAAAGAACUGAAGCUGGUGCCUUUCGGAAGUUAUGCUCCAUGGUAUGAUAAGAAGCAGGUUGGUGGGUGGACUCAGUCAUUUGGCAAAGUAAGGAGAGGCCAAAAUUUGACAUUUUUGACAUUUGCUACUGUAAGAGGUGCAGCACAUGAGGUUCCAUACACGUCCCCUUUCCAAGCGCUCACACUCUUUCAAGCAUUUCUUAGAAGAUCACUUUUGCCUCUAAACAGAGUUUAAGUUGAUGUAACAUUUUUAAAAAUAUAUAUAAUGUUUUAAUAGUUGCAAAUGAAAAGUUAUAUAAUAAAAGUUAUAUCAGUUAAUUAUUAAACAAAA